GAGCCACAAGCAUUAUACAAAUUUUUCCUGAAGGCAACUCAGCUGCAGCAGAUGAAUGAUGAUUACAAUGAGCUAGAAAAGGCACUUAAGGUCUCACUUGAUAUUAUAGAAGACCGGAAAGAAUUUUUACCAUUACUAAGGAAGGAAGUAGAUGAGCAGCGUGCCCAGUAUGAGUACUGUGUCACCCUUAUUGAUAAAAGAAAAAGGGCGACUGAGUUACGCUGAAUUAGUUUGGGCGCUGAUCAUUCAAAUAGAAAAGGCAGAAGAAGAUGCUAAAAAGCAAGUUGAAGGACACGAGAAGAAUGUAGCUAAGAUACAAGAAAAGGUUGCACAUUUUCAAGAGAAGUAUGAAGAGCAGCAGCAAAUACACAAAGGUCACCACGAGCAACUGACCACUGUAACCAACCAGCUGGUAACUCAUUCUCACAAAUUAAAAGAGUGCAAUGAAUCUCUGAUUAAGACCAGGAAAUUGCACAAAGAUAAACAGAUGCUGGCUGUCACAGCUGAUAGAAAGGUCAAAGGAAUUAUGAAAGAAAUAUAUGUCCUGAAAGAAGCAAUCAAAAAGGAUAAUGAUGAUACUCAAACUCAGUGGGCUUCACAUCGUGCAUUAUGGCAGGAAAAGAUGGAUGGAAUUCAAAAUGAAAUGAAAGAACUAGAGCAGAAUAUGAGAACAGAAGAGACCCAUCAUGUCAAUUUAAUGAAUACUGUAGGUGUUAAAAAAGCAGAGCUGACACAAUUUGUAAUGGAAGAAAAAGCCAUCAGAAGGCGUUGCUAUGCAAUAGAGCAGGAGCUACAAGGUUUGAAGGGUCAGCAGAGCAACCAGUUUACUGUAUAUGGGCAGUGGGUGCCGCAGUUACUUCAUGAGAUAAACAUUGCUCAUAAGAAGAGAGCAUUUAAAAAGAAACCAGUUGGACCAAUAGGUGCAUUCAUAAAGGUUUGUGACAAGCAGUGGGGACACAUAGCUGAGAUGGUGCUGGGAAAUAGGAUCAGUGGUUUCUGUGUGGACAAUCGCAGUGACGAAAAGGUCUUGAGGCAGUUAAUGAAAAAGAUCAACUUUGGUCAACAGCCUCAGCCUAUUGUGAUUGUAUCAAGGUUCAGGGAGCAGGUACAUGAUGUGUCGAAGUACGAAGUUCAGUCUGACAAGUACCCCUCCUUGUGGUCCAUGCUGAUGAUUAGCAGUGAUGUUGUUGCGAAUACUUUAAUUGAUCAGUGUCAAGUGGAGUCCACCUUACUGAUACCUACAGCACAAGAGGCUGGGCAGAUUCUAAAAAAUAAGACAACAGUGCCUCGGAAUUGUAAAGUUGCCUACACACUGAAUCGAGACAUCUAUUACCCAGACCCCAACUACCGUUUGUACUCAGGAAGAGGUCAGCAACCUGCAAGGUUUUUGCAAGUUUCUUUGGAAGAAAAAGUGAGGGCAUUAGUGGCAAAUUUAGAAAAUUCCAAAGAAGAAAUGAGAACUCAUAACCUGGAAAUGCAGAAAUCACGAGCUAAUUUACACAAACUAGAAGAAGAAGUCCAGGCAUCGUCGAGAAAGCUGACGUGUAGUAAGAAAAAGAUGGAUCAGUUGCGUUUACAGUUAGCUGACCUGCAGAACCAGGAAGAACAGCCACCCCCGGAUGUGUCUCAGUUGGAAGACGAUAUAAAACAACAAGAAGUUGCGCUAAUUGAAGCUCAGGCUAGUUUAGAAAAAUUAAAAGAAGGAGUAACAAGCAGUAAGGAUUCUUUCAUGCAAAUUUCUUCAGCAUAUGAAGAGCUGAAAAAAGGUGAAAAAAAACUUUUUCAGGAAGCUGAAAACAUGAAGGAGAAGUUAAGUGAAGAUGAGGAUAUUUUGAACAAACUGUCCCAUACUGUGGAAUUAUAUAAAGAAAAAGAGAGAGAUUUUCAGAAAAAUAAAAAGGAGUCUGAGUUGAAUCUCGAGAAAACAAGAGAAAAGCUAAGAGAAGAAUUACAAAAAGCAGGAAAAUUUCAGCCACGGAAAGACACAGUCAGGAGUGUCCAUGAAGUAAAACGCCAGUACGAUGGUCUUCAGGACAGAUUAAACAGGGAGAUGGCCGCGAAUGGUGAUCCAUUGACGGUAGCAAACCGAUAUAAAGAAAUAAAGCAAAGGUUUAUCACGGUGUCGGGUGAAAUAGAAUCUCACUGCAAUUUGAUAAAGAAAAUAAAAGAGAGUCUUUCACUGAGACUGGAACAUUACAAACGCUUCCGGAGGUUGCUGGCCAUUAUGAUAAAGUCAAAUUUUAAAAUUUCUCUCAGUAUUCGCAACCUUCAUGGGAGUUUAAAUUUUGACCAUGACAACAGUAGACUUACACUGAGUGUAGUCAAAAUGGGCAGUGAAACAGAUGCAGAGGCAAUCAACAUCUUGAUGAAAGAGAGCCAGAACAAGAAGCAGACAUUAGCAAUGAUGUCAGGAGGAGAGCGUUCUUUUGCCACAGUCUCAUUCAUUAUUGCACUGUGGGAUGUUAUAGAAUCUCCCAUAAGGAUCCUAGAUGAGUUUGAUGUUUUUAUGCGUAGAUCCUAUGGGAGUGAGGCUACCUGUUAUCUACCUACCUUGAGUAGUAGUACCAGAGUCUGAGGCUGUAGUUACACACAAAAGAAGUGAGGGAGAGGUUCGACCGUCUGUUGCUCACGCGCCACCCCAUUGGCCUGUAUGUCAGAAUUAAUUUUUCUAAUCUUCAAAUCUUUAAGGCUCGGCCAUUUAAAGGCCGAACCUAAUAAAACAAAAACUAAAUACUGCAGUAGAAUAACAUAUUGUGCAUGGCUGAACAUAUAGGUUUUCUUUAUAUUUGGCUUGGUUUAUUAUUUGCUGAUCUAUCUUUAUAAAUAUUUUUGAGGAAAAAUGGUAAGUAGGAAGAAAAUUCAUGCACCCAAUAUAAAAGUGAUAAUCUGAAAUAUCUAUAUGUCACAUUCAAGAAGAGUAAAUUACCUACAAUAUACUGUACUUGUAUUACAAAUUAAUUUCAAUGUAAUUUAGCAAGAAGUUGUGGAGAAGUAGGAUUUUGAAUAUUGAUAAGAAUUUAAGGGAAAAAUCAGAUAUUAGGGAGAACUGAUUCAGGGGUAUAGCAACAUUGUAUCUGGUGUCCUUAAUUGCCGACAGGAAAUUAUAAUUUAUUGCACAAAAUCAUUAAUGUAUUUAUCACCACACAGGACAUAGUUGCCAGACGGCAGAGUUUGACCAUGAUGGUCAAAGCGGCCAAUACCAAGACCCAGUAUAUCUACCUGACUCCAAUUGAGUUAGACACUACUGGACUUCCAAAUAUUAAUGUAAUCAA